AUGCACCGAGCAUCUUCAACACCUCUGCCUCCCCAGGGUAUGCCCCGGUCGUCAAGCGCCGCAGCUAUCAACAACAAUAUCAACCCCAAAGUUCGCUCUCAGACCAGCUCUAGGAUAAUUCGGGCCCAAAUAUCAAGCCCGAUACCCAUACCAGAUCCCUUGGACAAGGAGCUGUCUAUUAGACCACAAGACGUGAGCUUUUCCGGGUACAUGCCUCAACACGGCAACGUCACGCAACCCUCCAUGGAUAUCUCACGACCGUCAGCGGAAUUUUCCCGCCGCCGCAUUUCCUUCACACCUGAGCGAUCUCGGUCAGUGCUCCGAACGGCCUUUAGCAGAAUAUUUGGCCGCAAGAAGGGACCCCGACCCAAGACAGGCCUGGCUUCAGCAGGUUCGGAGGAGGAUAGGCAAAACGAGCAGUACAGUGAUCCUGUGCAGAGCACUUCUCCGGCCCGGAGCCCACCUACGAAAAUCUCUGAACCCAUUCCCGUUUCUGAAUAUGAUCGGGCGUUACGGUCUCAUUCUGUCGGCCCCGAGGAUGUGAUGGCCAUCCGAAGUGCGCGCAGCCCCGUCAACCAAGACUUCAGUGGCCACGUAAGAAGACGCACCGGAACUGGCAGCGAUGCUCACCCGGCCAGUGCUCGCUGGGUAAAGCCGACGGGACUGACCCCGCGUCCUGCCAGCACUCAGGACUGGGGAAGCAGGCUGGUUGAUGAUAGUCAUGAUCCCGAAGAGAUUGGCCGUGCUAUUACGACGGGUCUUAAACGCCGGUCUAGGAGCCUGUCGUUUAUUCCUUUAAUCGAAACUACCCCAGCCCCAAGCAUUACACGGCGGCGCAGCGACGAGAUUCCCCGCGGGUGGCGAGAAAGCUACGACCAAGAUCCCGCAUCCCCUAUAUCAUCAACGGCGCCAGAUGGCGAGGACCGGGCCACCUUCAUUAGCGACAAAUCAGACGACGAGUCUAAGACUGAUGAUGAAGCAGAGUUGCCGGAUGAGAUUGAGUCACCUGUGAAGCCUUUUACCUUUAGCAACAUCCCUUACAUGACAGAAUUUGCCGGCACGAGCAUGAAAAUUACAGAUGCUGUGAAUCUUGAGACGCGAAUUGGCCAAGUCGAGAAUCGGUUAAGCCUGGUGGAAGGCCUUCUGACGCAUGCCCGCCAAGCAACUCCAGUUGCUGGGUUGCCAGACGAUGUGUCGGAACGAUUGGCGCCGCCUGCGCCUGCGUGGCCGUCUACCUUCGCAACGGCGGUUCGUCCAUCUUCUCAUUCCUCUGCUCAGUUUUCUGGGACAUCAAGACUCUCGUUUGGCGAGAUACCGAUCUAUGCACGAUCAGCAAGCCAACAAGCAACAAAGCAGCCCAUGUUUGCUACCCCUGAGCGACCGGCGCUUGCGUCCAGUCUCCCCACGCUUUCCAAAUCUUUUCCUACUGGAUCAUUCUUAAUGGAUCACGAAACUUACAAUACGCUCCUAACUACAAUGGAGAACGAUCGUGCUGCUCGAAUAGCAUUGGAAGCGCAAGUAAUGGAGCUCAGCCGGCAGGUCAGUCGCCUUUCCAAAGGUUUACCAAGCACUCGUGCCGCCCAAACGAAAGAUGACGCUGCAUCUCACCCCCUCGGGCAAACGUCCGUUUUCGAUUUCGGAGACGCCAACGGAGACUUUGUAACAAAGGAUGGCGGCUUGAGUUACAGGAGAGAUCACAAUGAAGAUUCUGGCAUAGGCACCGAAGCUGGUGACAAAGACUAUCCCGAAUCAUUUGCCACGCUAAACGAGGAAAACCACAGCCCAGAUUUACCAUUCAGCACACCCAACGCGGCGUUGUCGCUUUCUAAGCUCACAAUGAUGGGUGGUAUCCCGGUAUCCCAACAAGCAUUAUCGCAGACGAUCUAG